UGUCUUACUGAUGGAAUAAGGAGGAGUGCAGAAGAAGCCCUCUCAUGAAGCGUUGUGAAACGCUCACUAAACUGCUGCAGCAGGUGGUCCAGAAAUGGAAUGGUUAAAACCGUCUUGUAGUAUGUUUCUGGAGUGUCUGCUGGGAUGUUGUUUCGUUGUGUCUGUCUGCCAGUCAUCGCCUUGGGAUUGAAGGGUCCACUCUGACAGCUUUGGCUACAACCACAGCCUCCUCAUACAGACAGCCAUGAAAUUUAGAUUUAGAUUUAGAUUUUGCAUCUUUCCAGUCCCUGAAAGGGCUGUUGGUUAGAGCACCACGAGUUCCAUCUGAGAAGGCCACACAAUAUCUACAGAAUGCCCCAUCUGUCUUUGCACUGUACACAAGACCAGGAUACAAAGUAUUUCAAGUGAACUCAAAACAUUUUAAUGAAGUCAACAAGUUAUCUUCAGAUUGUAUAACCAUGGCAAACACAAAGCUACCAUCCACCAUUGGCGCUCCAAAAUCGCAAUACAAGAUUCGCUGUACGCCGGGAUCAGUACUCAUUGGUGACCGAGAGUUUCUGUCAGCUACCGAUGCUCUUGAAGCUUAUCUCAGUCAAUAUGAUCCACUGGGAUUUGCAAAUCAGCCUGUCUACAAGCGCACUGUUAAUGACCUUUUGACCCCUAAGUCGACCCUGCACAUGACCGCUGAAAGGUCAUUGGAGACUGGGGUCAGGGCAACUGGAACAGAGAUGCGAUUGGCCGAUCAGAAAGAUGCCAUUAACGAGUCCUUAUUAAAGAUGAAGAAAUCUGUGGCUUUAAAAGCAGAAGAAAAGAAAAACAAAAUUCGUAGGACUAAACAGCGUGUGGAGGAAGCAUUGAAUAAAUCCCAGGAGUUAAUACGCCAGAUCAACUCAGACGACUUUGCAAAGAAAACUGACUGCCCAAGCGAUAUCGGGAGCCUCACCACAGACAUCCUGGUAUCGAUGAACCCUGCUGAGGGCUACACUGACCCAGGGGCGUUGGAUGGAGCCCCACCGCCGUGGAAGAGCAAGCACAUAUACGGGUACAAGAGGCCAAGGGCUCGACGCUCCAAGACUUUGAGCAGUCUGCAGAUCGCUCACGAUAUGAUGGGUCUUACAGACCCUGUGCCCAAUCAGAGCUUCACAGCACAGCCUAGCAGCGAGAAGGCAGCAGGGCAUGUGACGUUCAAGAAUGACACCAGGAAACCUGACAGCAAAUAUGAUGACGAGGUUUCCGUCUUACUGGGAGAGUCACCACUAGACUCACGAAUGACACGAUCUCCAAACAAAAAUCUACGAGAGAGAAGUCGCUCAGUGUCUCCUUCGAUUCUUAAGCGAGAACGACAAUUGUUUGAGUCUGGAUUACGGGAAAAACCCAUUCCAGAUUACUAUACAGAGUUCAAUACCUCAGCAGCAAAGGCACCCAGCUGGGUAGAUACGAUGAACAUCUCAGAUGUAUCAGAUUCUGACUGGAAAAAGCGUGACUUUACAGUGUCCAAACCACCCCCAAGUUGGGUGAAUGAUAUAGAUAAUUCAGACAUCACCAGCAUCGUGUCACCUUCAAAACCAGUCAAGAAGCUGGCGUUUGAAGACCUUCUCAGACCUCUACCUGUGAUCAAUACUCAACAGGACUCGUCCUACAACAGUGAUGUAAACGACACCCUGCCACCACCUGGGCUCACGUAUAAUGACUUGGUGGGAGACGCAUCGAAACGGAAUACUCAAAAUGCUAACAGGAAAGGUUCCCCUACGUUAUCGGAAAAACUUUCAAAUCUGAAGUCGAAAACAACAGCUGCUUUACAGAAAUAUCAUGAAAGAGAUAAUGACGAUUUAAAUUUGGACACCCCAUCCAGGGGAAGCAAUCCAUAUAGUGGUAAUGACGUGCCCAGAUGUUCGAGUCUCGAUACUGCGGCUCUUAUUGCUGGGAUUGCUCCCCCACGUGGCAGUGAUAUUGUAGGAGCAUCACCAAUCAAGCCAGCCGGUGACAAUGACAGCACAGUGACGGCCCAUGGCAGCCCAGACCGAGCCCGCGCCCGGAGAGCCCGGUCCAGGAGCCCUGAUACUGACAUUGUGUUAGAAGGCGACCGGCCUUGGGAGAAAACUGUCCCUUAUAAGCCACCAGUGUCUGUUGGCGAUUUGAGGAAGCCAGCUAAUGAUUCACAGAACUACUCUGGCGGGUCCCAGCCGGGCAGCCUGGAGGCAUUGAAGAACAUGAUCUUCAAACUGCAGCAGGAGGCCGUCACAACUGACAGCGAGGAUGAGGGCAGUCGGUCACAGCUCUCAGCCAAGGUGCACAAGUUACGUGCAGAAGCCGCCAACCUUGGAAUCAACAUUCCUGCAGCCGAUGUCACGGACCCCAGGACCGGGAAACCCAUGGCGCCUCUACCUGAACUGAAGGACUAUGACUUCCAAGGGGAGCCUGGGGGUCAAUCUCUGGAGAAAGCACUUGUACAUCUUGAUCGACUGAAGACACUCGUUAAUUCUCGAGAGAAGGACGUGAAACAGAAGAGUGGAGUUACCCCAUUAUGUGCUCACAUGGAUAAGCAGAAAAAAUAAAUGCAACAAUAUUAGCCUCAUUCUUGGAAAACCGGGCUUAACGCAUGUAAAUAAAUUGUGUUCCCAAAUUA